AGUUGCCGAAAGCUUGUGAAGCAAUGGGAAACAAUGGAUUACAACUAUAUCAUUACUGGGUUACUGUAUUUCCUCAUCCUAACUUUAUGGUGAGUUCUGUAACGAACACACUUACAGGGAGGUUCUUCCGCGAUUGUCGCACGAGAGAGCCUGGCAGCUUCCUGAACCGCCUUAAGGUUAUAGCUGAACAAGUAAAAUAUUUUGUUUCCGUAGACAGAGAAUCCGACGACAAUUGAAAGCAAUGGGCGGACGUACACAUUCGAAGGAUUCUCACUUCUCUCACACUCUCCUCUUGAUGCAGUGCCACGAUGCUUCCUCACGCGUUUCAACUUCAAAUAUGAAAUAUUCUUCAUACAGGAGCCAAUACCCACUGUAAGUAUACACUCUAAAAACACUCUGACUGGUUCAAUUUUCCUAGUAAACCUAGACAAAGUUAAAGUUUCUAGAGAACAAUACCAGUGCACGGUGCACAUGCGUGAUUGUGAGUCUGAGGAUCCGAGCUUAGAAUUCUCGAUUUCCUGGGCCAUAACUCAUAAAAAAGUUACCUCUGUUCCACUUGUUCCAAUUUUAUGAUCCCAGACCCAGUUCUGGCAUAUGCCUCUUUAGCGAGAAGAGUUUAUAACUGAUUGAGUUAUCCAGUAUAAAUAAAGUUAGUGUAAGUAACUAGCUCGGUAUACGGAGGGCAAAGAGAUUAGUGUUUUAAAAUACAUUUUGUUUCAUAGAAUUUCUGUAUCCAAGAUCUUGAUCUAUUCUCGAAGUUUCUGUUUCACGAUCUUUUGGAAAUGUAUGAUUGGAAGAUCAAACGCGAUGAAGGUACAUAACCAUUGUUCGUGAGAUUUCUACUAGGGACAGGAUUAUCAGUCUUGUCAGGAUUAUCAGUCUUGUCAGGAUUAUCAGUCUUUGCAUAAACACAACACGGAUUAUCCAGGCAUAUCCCUUCAAGACGAACUUAGACCAGCACUUGUGGUAUCACCACGCUUGCCUUUGAAGCUGGGAGACCCGGGUUCAGUCCUUAGUCGGACCUCUACUCAAGAUCUUAAAAUAAUUGAGAAGAAAGUGCUACCUUUACAUUGGAUCCCUUAUUAAUUGGACAAUAGCCUGUUGGGAAAUCCGCUCACCAAUGGGUGAGAAACUCAAUAACCCUCGCAAUCAACACUGAUGGACUGAUAUGGAAAUUUACCCAAGGCGGAUACUAGCCGAUUAUUCACUUCGAAAUUCACACUUUGAGAGAGGUGUUUUUAGGCAGAAACUCUCCCUCUGUUUUUAGAAAGUGAAGAGAAUUGCGAUUUGUUCCAUUUCUUGCCAAGAUUCACACACAGGAUUAGCGGUACGUAAUUAACUUAUCUACGUUUUAAUGCGCACUUGCACAAAACCGUCCCCAGCAGUCGUAAUAAAACCAGUAUUUAUUUUUUUUUAGUUUCCGAUGACGGAUGCGAGAAGUACGAACUUCUGUCAAUGAGGAAAGUCUUCGAACAUCUCCUGAAAAGCCACAAACCCUUGAUAACCGAGGUAGGUCGAAUGUUUAAUAUAAUAAUUGUCUUUCAGUCCCCAAUAAUUUCGGGAACCCUUUGACUGAUAGCUGAAUAACUGUUCACAACUAUUUUUCGACAAUGAAAGCUUAGUAGGCUAUAGAUUGAGCUAUAUAUUGCAUGAAAUUUACGGCAAAAUAAAUGACGAUCGAUGAUGAUGAUGACGAUCGAUGAUGAUGAUGACGAUCGAUGAUGAUGAUGACGAUCGAUGAUGAUGAUGACGAUCGAUGAUGAUGAUGACGAUCGAUGAUGAUGAUGAUGAUGAUGAUGACGAUCGAUGAUGAUGAUGAUGACGAUCGAUGAUUAUGAUGAUGACGAUGACGAUCGAUGAUGAUGAUGAUGACGAUCGAUGAUUAUGAUGAUGACGAUCGAUGAUGAUGAUGAUCUAAGAUUUCCAGCAACAAAAGGAGUUCAUAUGGUGGCAACUUAUAUUCGCCCCCUCCCCCCAAUAUUUUGCGAAGUGUCCGCCAUUGUUGAUUUUGGAAGAUGUGGCUUUUGACCUGCAGUGAUAAUUUCAUUUCCGUGGCUAUAAAUUUGUUUGUUUAGAAAGUUCUCAAACGUGACCGGGGAUCUUGGAAGGAUUUUGUCGGAUCCUGCUUCAAUGCUAUUGUCACUAGACCUGGCUGGGUAAGAAGCAAAAUGAACGUAACGCACGCUCAAAAAUAAAACUAAUGCAAAGUAAUUUUGAGAGGAACGCCAAAAAGAGUAACUUUGGUUUUGAACACAUUUCAUUAGUGCAAAUACAUUACGUGACAUUGAAAAAAUUGCCUCUUAAAUAAUUUCUGUUACAUUGUUUUUCCAGAAACCAAGCUCAAUAAGAAUUGAUGAUAUAGAACGAGGUCAGGACAAGGUAAUGGCGAUUUACUGCAUAAACGUAUAGUAGCUCGUUACCUCCGCUAGGAAAUUACAGUAUGUUUUCAUUCUAUACCUACGCCGGACCCAUCGCCCGUAAUGAUCGUGAUUUCAGAUAGUUUAGACACAAACUUCAAUAGCUUAUUGUAGAAUAUUAAAGGACAAUUCAAUUGUAUUUUUAAAGGACAAUCCUGAUCCUGUCAUCGUUCAUCAUGGCAUCAGACCUGUACAACUGAGCUUUUCUGGAGAUCCAAAGUGAGUUCUCAGGAUUUCAUCAUGAUGUCUUUUUUCCAUUGAUCGGAUAGCUCAUCUCCAAAUAAAUAAAUCUGGGAAGAGGUGGAAUUUUGUUUUAGAAAAGUAGAAGUAAUUUCUUUUUCUUUUUGUGCUUUCAGAUGUCAGAAACUGAUGAAAAAAUACCUAAAGAUGCGAUCAUUAAUCACCAACAA